AUGAUAAGUCCUAAUGCUCCUAGAUGUUUUGAUUAUCUCCUCACAAGUGCAGGGAACUGGUCCUCUGUAGAGUAUGCUCGUCCAGUGUCAAUAUGUUGUACAGCUAUAAAAGUUGUCUGCGUCAGAAAGUUGGUGACGCUUCAGAGCACUUCACCAAUCAGAAGCGACGAGGUUGCUUGGACCUGGUCCUCUGCAGAUUAUGCUCGUCCAGUGUCAAAGUGCGGUACAGCUGUAAAAGUUGUAUGCGUCAGAAAGUUGGUGAAGCUGCAGAGUACUUCACCAAUCAGAAGCAAGGAGGUUGCUUUGCUUACAUUGAGGCAAUCCUCUGUGAACACCUUCAGUAAGAGUAAGAAGAAAGCUAUGCUAGCUUCUCUAGAUGAACUUGCAGAACGAAUGCCUUCCUUGCUUGACAUUGAUCAUCCCUGUGCUCAGAGGCAUAUUGAUGAAGCACGACAUGCUGUUGAGUUAAUUCCUGAAGAGGAUGACCGGCAUCAUGAAAAUGUACAUGCUUCUCGGCCUCCUGCGAAGGUGGGAUUAGGGAGUGAAACUGACGUGACACAGUGGAAUGUUCUUCAGUUCAACACAGGUUCAACAAGCCCAUUUAUCGUCAAAUGUGGAGCUAACUCAAACUCUGAACUAGUCGUUAAAGCAGAUGCACAAGUUCAAGAACCUAAAGGGAGUGAGAUUGUCCAAGUUGUUCCCAGACCACCUAUUCUUGAAAAUUUGAGCUUGGAUGAGAUGAAACAAUUAUUCACACAGCUCCCGGCGUCUCUAAGCGUUCUUGCUCUUGCAAAGACAGCAGAAGGAACCAGAGCUCGGUAUUCCAGACGCUACGGGACUCUUGCCGGGAAGGUUCCAACAUUGAGAGACCUUGUUGAUGAACUUGAGAAGGGCGGAGUGCUGAAGGAUGUCAGAUCAUGA